AAUCUGGGUGAACAGCGUGUACCAAAAAGUUAGUUUUUUUAAAUUAUCGUCACUUCCGGUCUAUCAGAAGUACCAAGUUUCAUAUUAUAACGCUUCAAAAUAUACAGAGUGUCAGAUAAGAAACGCCCCAAGCUGUUACAGUCUCUGCUUUAUCAGAUAGAGUUGUAGAUCUUUUGACAGAUUUGAAGCGUAACAAUACAAAUUUUCAUAUUUGUUAUUAUACAAUGUCUAAGAAAUACGGUUUUAAAAAACACUGUGGUGUUACUAACUUUUUGGCGCAUACUGUAUAUACAGAAAAAUCAUUUUUAUUAAUGUUUCAUAAUGCAAGGCCUUAAGGAAUGUAAAUUAUGGAGGAAUAGAAUGCCAUCUAACUAAGUAUUGCAAUUUUUCUCCGUCUUUUGCAAAUACUUUUAAAAUUAAUAAUUAAAGAGUUCGAUUCUGCGCAAUGUAGAGAACGCUCGAAACGUUCAUUGUGUUGUUGUUUGGAAAUCGAGGAGGGAGUAGCGAAAUGGAAUCGAUUAGUUGCAUUGCGUAAACGAAUUUUGUGGAGCUACGAGCUCCUGAGUAGCUUUUUAAAAGUAAUAAUAAUAAUAACAAAACAUUAAAAAAAUCUUUUAAAUAUAAAAAUUUAAGUUUUUGUGGGUUUCUUUUAACAACUUUUUUUUUAAUUUUCUUUUAUUAAGAGUUUAUACCUGAACGAAAAAGGACGCGCAUAAGAAAAAAUAAAAAGGAUCAGCGGAAUGAAAAGGAAACGUUAAGAAGAAGAAAUUUUUAAGGAGGAAAUAAUCUGAAGAGAAAAAAUCAAAUCUGUGGCCUUAAUAAAAGUUACACUUUAUAACAAAUAAAUAAGGAUAAUCAAGUUUUUAUAACUAAAUUAUGGAUAUAAGUGCCAGUGCCUUUACUUUACACAAUGAAGAAACUGCAAAAGCAAUCGCGAGGGAAAAGAAACAAGACGAACAAUUCAGCUUGAUUAUCACCAGUUGUACUUCUUUGAGCCGAUAUGAAAGUAAACGGUUUAAAACUUUACUACCUCAGAUUCUAGCGACGUUAAUCUCGGCUUCAUAUCACGUCGUCGUGGGGAUAUCGAUGGCUUUCGCCGCGGUUCUUCUCCCGGAAUUAGAAAAAGCUGAAGGAGAUCUUCGAUUGGAAAAGGAAGGAUUUUUAAGCGGUUUCGUUGCCAGUAUUAUUGUAAUCGUCGUCCCCGUUGCAUCAAUAGCAUGCGGAUUCGUAAUGGAUUCUCUUGGAAGAUUAAACACCCUAAAAUUAACAACAUUACCAGUGACAAUCGGAUGGAUUUUAAUCGCAACAGCCCAAAAUAUUCCAAUGAUUCUCGUGGGAAGAUUAUUAACUGGAUUAGCCGGAUCUUUUGGUACGAGUCCGGCUAUUGUUUACAUAACGGAAAUAGCCAGGGCUGAUAUGAGGGGGUCAUUAAUCUCCUCAGCACCGGCUUACGCUUCUUUGGGAAUGGUACUGGUUUAUUUUAUGGGGUGGUUCAUGGACUGGCGGACUUUGUCGUGGGUUUGUACCGCUCUCACGAUCGCCCCCUGCUUUUUGAUUAUGUUAAUACCGGAAAGUCCGGUUUGGCUGAUUAGUAAGGGCCGAAUUGAGCAGGCGAGGAAAUCGUUACAAUGGAUUCAUAAGUAUCAUCCGAAACCACAAGAUAGGAUGCAAACAAUGGCCGAAUUGCACUUAGCUGUACUUGUAAAAGAAGAUCGAAAAAAGAAAGAGGAAGCUUCGACGUCAAAAAAGACAUCCGUCUUUAAGGAACUUGCAAAACCGACUACUUAUAAACCGUUAAGUUUAUUGUUUGGUCUCUUUUUUUUCCAACAGUUCUCUGGGAUCUACAUCAUGUUGUUUUACGCGAUUCAAUUUUUCAAAAAAGUUGAUCAAUCUUUGAAUCCGUAUUUAGCCUCGAUUUUCCUUGGAACCGUUCGUUUUCUUAUGUCAUUAAUUAACACGUAUAUGUUGCGUCGAUUUCAACGUCGCCCCCUCGUUAUGACCAGCUGUAUAGGGAUGUCUAUUUGUAUGUUUAUUUCCGGUUUAUACACAAUGUAUGGAAAAAGCGAUGGGAAUUCUUUAAUGAAAUGGAUUCCGGUUAUUUUAUUAGUUUUUUAUGUAAUCACUUCAAUGAUCGGGUUAUUACCAAUUCCUUGGACGAUGACAGCCGAAUUAUUUCCCUUAGAAAUACGAGGGGUCGCGCAAAGCUUAUCAUACAGCAUAGCUAAUUCGUUGAUGUUUGUUGCAAUUCAAAGUUAUUACCCGUUGGAGAGAUUAUUUGGGGGUGCAGCGGGGGUGCAAUUUUUCUUCGCCGUUAUGGCCUUGGCUGGAUUGAUUUAUUCGUUUAUUUUCCAACCGGAAACUCAUGGAAAAAAGUUGUCGGAUAUCGUCGAUUAUUUCCGAGAAAACACCGUUUAUUUAUUGGCUAAGAAAAAGAAGAAAAAUGAUAAUAAAAAGGCGAUUAUUAAGAAUCGUGCUGGGAAAGAGGAUGAGGAUAAAACGGAGAAUGGAUUAACUAAGAAUUUAAUGGAAAAUGCUUAGUAAAGAGAUUUUAAUUAAAAAGAAGUAUUAUUUUUUUUAAUUUAUUAACUUGCCCCAAUUUUAGAGCGUUUUAAUUGUUAUAAAUAUAAAAUAUAGUUUUUUAUAUAAAAAAAUCAUUUUUCUUCCUUUUCUUUGUACGAAACGACUCCUUUUGCGAUUAAAUCCGGGAUUUCCCAAGGUCCUAACUAAAAUAAAUUAAAUUAUU